GCCAUUUUGAACGUCAAGCCUCAAGCUACCUCGGCUGUCACCGAUAGAUAGAGAAGCACAACGGAGAUUUUUGGUACUUUGUGUUUCGCAAUGCCUACAACAUGCUGCGUGAAGAACUGCCACAGCAGGUCGAACGAUCAACAGGGGAACAAGACUGGAGUCCGUUUUUUUCGGUUCCCUUUAUGGAAAAGGAUGUAUGGAGAGCAAGUUGCUGAGGUGACUAAGAGACGUCGAAUGGCCUGGGUAGCAGCGAUGAGAAGAAGGGACAUCACUUUCGACAACAUUUCGAAGAGUAUGCGAGUGUGUUCUCAGCAUUUUCACUCGGGUGAACCAUCCUAUGAAAUGCUGGAGAAUCACCCUGACUGGAAGCCAUCUUUGUUGUUGGGCCAUGAUGAUGUUCAGAUGACUGAUGAGGCAAGGUUUCAGCGGAGCCUGAAGCGAAAGGUGGUGGCUGAGGAUCUGUAUGCUGAGCCACUGCAGGUGCAACCAAAGAACCUGGAUGCUGAGCUGCCGCAUCCAGAGGAGCUGGAUGCUGAGCCACCCCAGGUGCAACCAGAGGACAUGGAUGCUGAGCCGCUGCAAGAGCUUCCAGAGGACCUGGAUGCUGAGCAGCCAGUCAUGACCAGUGCAGAAUGUGAAUUCUGCACUUCGAGGCAAGCCCUGAUCGUCAGUCUGUUGGAGGAGAACAGACAUCUGAAGGAGGAGCUUGAGGAAUACAGGAUGGAUGAAAGGUUUCUGAGGGGUGAUGAUGAGAAAGUGAAGUACUACACUGGACUUCCUAACUUCGCAAUUUUUCAGGCAAUGUUGCUCAACAUCCUACCAUAUAUCCAUCAAGGAAAGAGGAAGCUUACAGCAUUCCAGUGCGUCCUGUUGACCCUGAUGCGUCUCAGGUUAGACCUGCCUUUUCAACACCUCAGUCACCUGUUUCAAGUUCACAGAACAACAGUCGGUGUUGCUUUUCAACAGACUAUUGAAGUGUUGUAUGCCCGCCUGUCUCUAAUUGUGCACUGGCCAAGCAGAGACUGUUUGAUGGUUAGUAUGCCCCACCAGUUCAUCGAAUCAUUUGGAAAGCAUGUUGCUGCAAUUGUGGAUUGUUUCUAAAUUUUCAUUGAAAAACCGUCUAAUCUUCAUGCAAGAGCCCAGACUGCAAAAGAUGUUGAGGAGACCAGGGCUAUAGCUCACCUUAGAAUUCAUGUGGAGAGAGUGAUUGGUCUUGUCCGCAACAAGUACAGAGUCUUACACACAGUAGUACCCAUCCAUAUGAUUCUGCCUUGUGAGGGUGAGGCUGUAACGUUUUUAGACAAGAUUGUAAUCAUUUGUUGUGCCCUUACCAACAUGUGUGAAAGUGUCAUUAUUUGAAAUGUAUAAAACAAAUUUAUGCUUUGACUGUGAGUGUGAAAUAAACAUUUGAAACAUG